AUGGCGCCCUCCAUCGCGCAGCUCGCCCGGUCUGUGAUGCGCCGUCUACCCUUUGCGCACACGACGACGCCACUGCAGGCCGCAACCUACCUGCUGGGCAUCUCGCUCUUCUCCAUUUCGUUCCUCGUCUUCCUCAACAGCAGUAUUUCCUUUGUCAUCACCGACCGCAUCGGCGUCAAGGAAGGCGUCGGCAACAUUGUCGGCACGCUCGGCUUCGCCGACGAGCUGGUGGCCCUGGUGGCCUGCCCCGUCUGGGGCCUCGUCUCCGACCGACUGGGCGUCCGCCUCGUGGCCGUCAUCGGCUACACGGUCAUUGCCCUGGCCCUCGUGCUCUCGGUGCAGGCCACCAAUGUCUACCCGCAGCUGCUGCUGGCCCGCAUCCUCUUUGCCAUGGGUGCUACAGCGUCAACGACCAUGGUCACAGCCAUUCUUCCUUCGCUGACGGACGACUCCGAUCCGGCCACGGACAACAGCACCACGGGCAACGCUGCCAAUACCUCGCACAGUGCCUCCGCUGCAACGGCACGCCGCAGCCAACGCGAAAGCACCCUCUCCUUCGAGUCGCAGCUGACCAUCACCCCGGAACGCUUUGCCGAAAGCCUGUUGCGAUCCCGUCUGAACGCGCCCGACCAGGGCCACCGCAACAGCACGCUGUCGGCAGCGUCAGCCAUGGGCGGAGAUGGCGACGAUGCCGUCCAAAACCAGGACCACAGCGCUGAAAAGCCGUCCAAGCUAGCCGGCUUCGUUGGCCUGUUCACCGGCUGCGGCGCUCUUGUGGCGCUGAGCCUGUUCCUGCCACUGCCCGCCGAGUUUGGCCGCAAGGACGGCGUGACCAUGGCGGAGGCGGUGGCCGACAGCUUUUAUGUCGUGGCCGCCGUCGCUCUGCUUGUAGCUGGCUUUGUCUUUGUCGGCCUGCGCCACCUGCGCGGCGAAGACGGCAAGGGCUGGCGCAUGCUUCUGGGCCGGCCCAAUGCGACGUCGCCAGAAGCCGCUGCGCGGCGGGACGAAAUUGUGCGCAUGGAGGACGUCAUCGCCGAAGGCCCGGGGGCAGGAAAAGCAGGGCCAGGCGCGCCUGGCGAUGCCGUGCCGUACUGGCGCCUGCUGCGCGACUCGGUCGGGCUCGGGUGUACGGAUGCCAACAUCGCCCUCGGCUACCUCGGCGGCUUUGUGGCACGCGCGUCCACCGUGGCCAUCUCGCUGUUCAUGCCCCUGUUCAUCAACGCGUUCUUCAUCAGCAAUGGCUUCUGCCAGGGCUCGCCCAACGACCCGUCGCCCGAGCUGAAGAAGGAAUGCCGCGCCGCUUACGUCCUGGCCGCCAUUCUGACCGGCGUGGCCCAGCUCAUGGGCCUGCUGUGCGCACCCCUCUUUGGCUACCUGUCCAGCCGGCCGGGCCGCCUCAAUGUGCCGCUGAUUGUCGCCACCACGUUUGGCAUGGUCGGCUACAUCGCCUUCCCGCUCCUGUCGAGCCCGGAACCGAACAACGUCGAUGGCCGCGGCGGCACGCCCGCCGUAUUUGUCGUGGCCACGCUCAUUGGUAUCAGCCAGAUCGGUGCCAUUGUGUGCAGUCUCGGCUCGCUCGGCCGUGGCGUGCUGUCCGCGCAACCGUUGGCCUCGCGGCCGGUGCUCGAUGGUGAGAGUCAGGAACAGGAGCAGGAGCGUUCUUUGUACAGUGACUAUGCCGCUCCCAACCGCGAGGACGACGCGCCCGAAGCUGCACCCCUGCUCGUGGCCGGCGGGAACGACUCGGCCAACGACGAGGGUGGCGAUGUCGCCGACGACAGCGAUCGGGAUACGGUUCGAGAGCUCAUGGCGUCGCCACAGUCCGUCCGCCGCUACGGUCGCGCGCGCGCCCUUUCCGCACUGACGCGACCCGCCGGUGCGACCACCGCCUCCAACAGCAGCACGCCACCUCCUGGCACCGCGGACGUCCCCUCGCGCAUCCAGCUCAAGGGCUCCAUUGCGGGCGUCUACUCCUGGUGUGGAGGCGCUGCCAUUCUCCUGCUCACCAAGCUGGGCGGCUACUUGUUCGACCACUGGUCGCGGGGCGCGCCCUUUUAUAUGAUGGCCGUCUUCAACGCGCUGCUGUUGCUUGCGAGUCUUGGUAUUGAUGCCGCACGCACGUUUCAGAAACGGAAGCGGUAG